GGGUGUAGAGGGGCAUCAGAGGGAUCACCAAUUGACGUAGCCAGAGGCAGAGGCCAAGAAGCGCCUUUCCGUUCCGGCAUAAUAGUUGUGCGAGUUGGCAGAAUCCACCAACCGAUCAUCAAACGCUCAAUCCGCGAUCUCAAACCAUUAGAAGGUGCGAAAUCCAUCACCUCUACCCCAUCGAGUCCAUUUAACCCCGAGUACAGAACCAGCUGAACAAUGGAUGAAGAAUACGACGCGAUAGUCCUCGGCACCGGCCUCAAAGAAUGCAUUUUAUCUGGUAUGUUAUCCGUCAGUGGUAAAAAAGUGUUACACGUUGAUCGCAACAAGUAUUAUGGAGGAGAAUCGGCAUCGAUAACACCCCUAGAGGAUUUUUUCGCUCACUUCAAAGCACCGCCACCCGACAAAAUGUACGGACGUGGUCGUGACUGGAAUGUCGAUCUCAUCCCCAAGUUUCUCAUGGCAAAUGGUUUACUCGUUAAAUUACUGAUUCACACCGGUGUCACGCGUUAUCUCGAGUUCAAGUCAAUCGAGGGCUCGUACGUUUACAAAUCGGGAAAAAUUUCUAAAGUACCGAUUGAUCAUCAGGAGGCACUCUCCAGCGAUCUCAUGGGACUAUUCGAGAAACGACGAUUCCGUAAUUUUCUCACUUGGGUUCAGAACAUGCAGGAGGACGAUCCCAAAACUUGGGAUGGGUUUGAUCCAUUCACCAAUCCAAUGAGUGCACUCUACAGCAAAUUCAGUCUUGAGGCCAAUACUCAGGAUUUUACAGGUCAUGCACUGGCCCUUCACAGGAAUGAUGACUACAUCUCUCAGCCUGCUAUCAAUACUGUUAAACGUAUUAAGCUGUAUAGCGACAGUUUAGCGCGUUAUGGAAAAUCACCGUAUCUCUAUCCUAUGUAUGGACUUGGGGAGCUGCCACAGGGCUUCGCCAGGCUCAGUGCUAUCUAUGGGGGCACCUACAUGCUUGAUAAACCCAUUGACGAGAUUAUCAUCAAGGAGGGAAAGGUCGUUGGUGUUCGUUCAGGCGAGGAGAUUGCAGUCUGCAAGCAGGUGUUCUGCGAUCCGACGUACGUUCCAGACAAAGUGAAAAAAGUGGGCCAAGUGGUGCGUGCAAUCUGCCUGCUGAAUCACCCACUCCCGCACACGAAUGACUCGCUCUCGACUCAAAUAAUCAUUCCCCAGAAGCAAGUGAAUCGCAAGUCUGAUAUCUACGUCUCCCUGGUGUCAUACACCCACCUGGUAGCAGCAAAGGGAUGGUUCAUUGCGAUGGUCUCGACGACAGUGGAGACGAGCAAUCCCGAGCUGGAGAUCAAGCCUGGUCUUGAUCUGUUGGGCCCAAUAGCCCAGAAAUUUGUGUCAGUCUGCGAUUAUUACAAGCCAACGGAUGACGGUGUCGACAGCCAAUUGUUCAUAUCCACUAGUUACGAUGCAACAACGCACUUCGAGACCACUUGCCUCGACGUUCUUGAUUUAUUCAAACGCGCCACUGGAGAGGACUUUGAUUUUAAUAAAGUUAAGCAGGAGCUUGGCGACGAGGAUCAGUAAAUUACCUAUCAUUUUUUAACAGCCGCAACGAAGGGAUAAAGGGAGAUAUUUGAAAUUAACAUUUGCCUGAUGAUUAUCAUCAAUUUAUCUUGAAACCUCUGGAUUCAAGGUGAAAACCUCGGAGGACUUAUUUGUCGAUAAUUUAAUUGGCUACAGAAAAGUUCUGUGACGUAAUUAUCUGAGAUCAAUAGUUAUCGAGAUAAAUUGAUGUUUCAUUGAAAUGUUCGUUUUGACUUUAGCACUUUGUUGCUGACAUCAUCUGUCGAAUUUUCUAAUCGUGCUGCCUCAGUAAGGAAUUUAUCGAAUAAUUCAGAAUAACUUGGAAGAACAUGGAUGGAAGAUAAAAUAAUUGAACAAUGACAAAUGUAUAUUUUAUUUACCUGUCUUUACAGCAAUCGAUAGUCAAUCUGCAGGGAAUUCACAGAGGCACGUGAUAGUUUAACGACGAUGUGUGAUUAUUAUGGAGAACGUUAAAUAAAUGAUGAUUUAUUGUGAAGGUAUCGGGGGUGGAGAGUGGCUGAUUUUAAAUUAGAUGAUUGAAUAGUAAUCUCAGAGCUCUUCAGUGGCUGGGGGCUCGCACGUGCUUUUCCCUUCGUUCCGUAGAUGAUAGGAAUGAUUAUUACUUUAUUAUUAUGUUACUGAUUAAU